AUGGCCUCCAAACCCUUACCCUUCCUUCUUCUCCUCGUCGCCUCGGCUGCGGCCUUCGACGUCAAGGAGAUCCUUGACCCCUUACCCAAUUACUCCGCCUUCACCAAGUACCUCACCGACCUGAAGCUCGUCGACGUGAUCAACAGCCGCCAGACCGUCACCGUCCUUGUCGUUGACAACAGCGCCAUCUCCCCCAUCUCAUCCCUCCCCGCCGACAAGAUCAAGACCGCCAUCUCCGCCCACAUCCUCCUCGACUACUACGACCCCUACAUCUUCGACAAAAACCUCAACAAGUCCGCCCUCCUCCCCACCCUCGCCGGCGGCUCCGUGAACUUCACCGAGCUCCCCGGCGAGCAGAUGGUGUUCGGGUGGGCCGCGCCCGGCGCUCCCCUCAACUCCAACCUGAUCAACGUCAUCGGGGCGAGGCCGUACAAUCUGUCGGUGCUCCAGAUCAGCAGCGCCAUCCUGCCGUCCGGAGCCGGGAGCGCAGCGCCGGCGACAACAAAGCCGGCCGCCGCCUCCCCGAAAGCGUCGGCUGCGCCACCGACGACGAAGCCAUCGGACGACAUCCCAGAGGCAACGGCUACAGCGAACACGACUACUCCCGCCGCCCCUGUGGCAGCUCCAAAGGCUGCUCCGACCACCCAGGCGGAGGCCCCGAAAACGAGCCCCGCCGCUCCCGCGACACCUCCAAAGUCCUCGAGCACCACCACAGCUGCCUUGGCACCGAAGUCGAGCUCCGCAACUGCCGCACCAGCUCCAACGAGCGGCGGCGCCACCCCUACCCCUUCGGCGGCUCCAAAGAGCAGCCCUGCCGCACCCGCCACGACCGCAAAGGCUCACAAAGCUAGCUCCACCACUCCGGUCGGAGCUCCGAAGGCUUCUACGCCGGCCUCCUCUGCUGCUCCAAAGGCCAGCGCCGCAUCCCCCGUCGAGGGUCCAAGUGCGAGCGCCGCGGUCGACGCUCCCAAGGGAAGCGCAGGUGCACCAGCUGCAAGUGUCGCAUCACCUUCCUCGCCCACGGCAGAUUCAGAAGGAACUUCUGGUCCGGCCGCGGAGACGACGACACCAAGCUCUUCAGCAGGGCGGGUCGUGGCAGGCGCGGCACUUGGGCUCCUCGUGGGUGCUGCUGUGCUCGGUGCCAUUUGA